AUGAGAGAUGAGGUAGACAGACUCGAGUCUAAAUUGGAAGAUAACUAGAAUGAUGAAUAAGGCUCUCUUGUUGACAUAAAAAAUAAGAUAAGAGAAAUGGCUCUAGAAUAAACCCUCAUUAAACAAAUAGUGCAAUCAAGAGAUUCAGUUCAGCUUAAAACAACUAUACUAGAUGAGAUCAUGAAGAGUAACACAGAGGCUUUGACUCAGUAAUACAACUUAGUAGAUGCAACUAGACCAGCAUCUCUUGUAAAUAGAGUUGUAUUGCUUGAGACUAAGAUAGCUGAUAUGCAAAGGAAAAUGAGUAGAGUAUCUUUUGCAGAUUAGAUGCCAUUAGCAAACUUAUCAACUGAUGCCUCACUUAAAAGUGUAAAUUUUGAUUAAUGGAUGGACAUGGGCAAUCUAUUAUCGAGCGAUGAACUUAAAGGAACGAAUAGUGGUUUGCAGAAAUAAUUUAUUGGUCAGCUAUAGAAGACUAUUGAAGAAAUGGAUAAAAUAAUUAGGAUUAAGUUUAAUGAGCAAAAGAUAAGAGUAGAGCAUGAGCUGAACUCUCAUGCUUAAUUAACGUUGAAAAUGAUGGAGGAAUUCAGACUUAGAAUGAGCGACCUUGAGAUUUAGCAAGCAGAUUGGAAUAAUAAAAUAAAUGAGCUUUCCAAAUUAUAUUCUGAUAUCAACCAGCAAGUAGCCCUUUCAAAGCUAACUACAUCCAAAUAGCUUCAAAGUCCAAAUUCAAGUCUGAGAUUGCCACUCUCGCAGAAAAGCAAUAGAGAAUAGUUUGACAUCAGGGAUCCUCCAUAAAAAUCAGGUUCUUUUGACAACAGUGGUAUUGAGAGACUGAGAUCUGACUUUGAUAACUUUGUAAUAUAUGUCUAGAAGUUCAUUGAAGAACAUCUGAAUGUCCUUGCUAGGAUUGUCAGAGCAGAAUAUAAGACAAUAGAAGAUAAAAUGGAUACAAUAGAGUGGGCUGUGAGGAAUGCAGAUUUCAUCUCUAAUGAUGAGAUUUAGAAGUUUUUCUUGGUAUUUAGAGAGCUUUAUGCCUCGCCAGACCCUUAACUCAGAAAUAGCUAUAUUUAGGCGAAUCAUCUAAAUGACUCAAUUUUAACUGUGAUUGAUGUAUUAGACAAGGAAUUCUCAAAAUUAGAGUUUUAAUUCACAAAUAAGGAUUUGAGGAUGGGGACUGAGAAGAAAACAAUUGUAGUAUGGCUCUUGAAUCUGAUAUAUUGA